AUGUCUUUGCCCUCAGAACCACGGAAUUGGACCAGAGAUGGGUUCUUGAUAUCAACAGACAAACGUCUCGUCUCUGUAAAGGCUCUCAACGAAGUGUUUGCCCAAGAGUUUCUGUACUGGGCCUCGGCUAUGCCAGACGAAGUAGUCCAGAAAAUUGUCGAUGCGUCGUUUUGCUUUGGGCUGUACAAGAUUCGCCAAGAAAACGACACGGUCGCUCAGAACAAUGGCCUUGGUACCCCUGACUCCCUUCAACAGAUUGGCUUCGCGCGCCUUGCUACGGACUACGUCACAUUCGCCUACCUGACGGAUUUAUACGUGCUGCCCGAGCAUCAAGGCCUCGGCCUAGGCGGAUGGAUGAUUGAUUGCAUAGAUGAGGUUAUGAGUCCGUUGCCCUACUUGAGGUGGUUUACUCUGCGGACGGCGGUGCCAAAGAGCAAAGAGGCGUAUGAGAAGAGAUUGGGCAUGAGUGUGCUGGACCAGGGAGACGUGACGAAAGGGUCCGUCAUGAUGGGAAAGAAGGGCAGGGGCAACCAAGUUUAG